AUGGAGUACUCUAAGAAAGUGUUGGAUGAUCUUGCUUCUCUUGCUAAUUUGAAGAAGCUGAAGGACGAACAAGAAUUGCUAAAACCUGAUUUGCUAUCUUCGUUGAAACGAAAGCUUGAUGCAGAGGAGAACAUCCUUGCUAAAGAAGAUGAAAACAUAGCGAAAGAAAUUUUCUCCAAGAAAAGGGAAGAAGUGCAUAGAAUCAGUGAUGAAGAAUUUGAAAAUUCACAUAAGAAGAUGGAUAAUAUGCAUGUUGGGGUGUGGGCACUACAGGAUCUACACAGGGCGUUGAAUUACUCGGAGGCGCUUCGAGGAUGGAACGGGAGUGAUCCUUGUGAGGAGUCUUGGACGGGUGUUGCUUGUUCUGAGUCGUCGGUUAUAAGCAUAAACAUUCAAGGGUUAGACCUCACUGGGAGUCUAUGCAGGCUUUAUAAUCUCCGAAAUUUGAAACAGCUGGAUGUCAGUUCUAAUAACAUAGUGGGCGAAAUGCCGUUUGGUUUACCCCCCAAUGUCACACAUAUGAAUUUAAGCCACAAUUUCUUAAUUGGACCCAUUGGUGACGUAUUUACUGGCUUAGAUAAUCUCAAAGAAAUGGACAUUUCGUACAAUAACUUCUCAGGAGAUCUACCAAGAUCAUUUGGUUCCUUGACAAACCUUGCCAGACUGUUCUUGCAUAGUAACAAAUUCACUGGAUCAGUUGCCUACCUGGCCGAACUCCCACUUACAGAUUUGAACAUUCAAGAUAAUCUGUUCAGUGGCCUUCUUCCACGUCAUUUUCAGCACAUAAAAAAUUUAUGGAUUGCUGGGAAUGAAUUCCAUGCAGCGGACAACUCUCCUCCAUGGCCUGCUCCAUCGGAGACAUUAUCCGUUGAACAUAAUAUUAGUCACCCACCCACAACUAAUGCAAAUGCCAUCAAGAACUAUGCUCCUCCGGUAGUAAGUGAGCACAAGCCUAAGAAGAAAAAAUUAGGUCCUGGAGGAAUUGCUCUUAUAGUUGGUGGAGGAACACUAGUGGCUGCAGGUCUGGCACUACUUGUUGCAAUCCGUUUGAACAAACUGCAUCCUCAAAGCCAGAACUUGAAUUACUCAGAAAGCAAGGAUAUCUCUUUGCAUUCUCAUCCAACCAGUGCAAGCAUAGAGGUCUCUUCUGCUGAACUAGACGACAUGCCACUACUCCCACCUGUUAAUGUUGCAUCUCUUUUGGGUCCAAUGAGAUUUCCUUUCGUGCGCCAUAGCAAUGUGGAGGAAACAUCAAGAAGAAGUUUUUCCAAAAGAGGCAGAUCCACUGGAAGGACGAAAAUUUAUACCAUAGCAGAGCUUCAGCUGGCUACUAACUUCUUUAAUGAAGGCAACCUUCUGGGAGAGGGAUCUCUUGGUCCCGUUUACAAAGCUGUAUUUCCUGAGGGCAAAAAUUUGGCGGUGAAGAUCAUAAACAUGGCGGGUCUGUCUUACAGAGAAGAGGAAAAGUUCAUGGAUGUCAUUUGCACGGCUUCCAAACUGAAGCACCCCAAUAUCGUAGCACUCAAUGGUUACUGUUUUGAGCACGGAGAGCAUCUUCUUGUUUACGAUUACUUUGGACAUUUAACUCUAAAUGAUGCCCUUCACAGUGGAGCAAGUGAACCACUAGCGUGGUUCCAACGUCUCCGGAUUGCUUUAGGUGUUGCUCAGGCUCUGGACUAUUUGCACUCGGCGUGCUGCCCUCCUGUCCCCCAUGGUAACUUGAAGGCUGCCAAUGUUCUACUGGAUGAAAAUUUGACGCCUCGUGUUGGUGACUGUAGCUUGGCUAUUUUGAGACCAUUCAUGAAGAGCAAUCAAGUUAAAUUUCCAGCUACUGAGACUACAACUGCAGACAGAGGCUAUGUUCCAGCUGACCUCAGCAGAAGGAGAGAUGUAUUUGCCUUUGGGGUAUUGCUUCUGGAAUUGUUAACAGGAAGGAAACCUUUCGAUAGUGCCAGGCCAAGGGAAGAGCAAAAUCUGGCGAAAUGGGUUUCCCACAGGCUUCGUGAUAACAUGGGCUUGGAACAGAUAGUGGAUCCCAGUAUCAAAACAACAUUGUCAUCCAAGGCUCUUUCUGGUUAUACUGAUAUCAUCUCCCUCUGUAUGCAGCCUUCAAAACAACUUCGUCCCCCAAUGUCUGAAGUUGUGAGCUCUCUUAUAUCUUUUGGCCAAGAGUUCAACUUUGCAAAGAGUGGUGUAGCAGAUGGUGCUGAUCUAUUUGAGAAGUCUUCUUUCUGUUCAGCCAACACAGGCUUUGUAAAUUCGCCAACAUCCAGCCACCUAUCAGCCUGAUGUACAACAUCUGUGUGUAACAUAGAAGUCAACUGGGAAAUUUGCAGUUAAUGUCAGUUCCAGCAUUUUUCUCUGUAAAUAGCCAUCGGUGCAGUCCUGCUACAAAACAUCUGCACGAGAAAUACGAGUUUUUUUUAAAUUGUCAGCAUUUUUCGUUGGUUAGAAAUACAUGAGUUUUUUUUUUUUAAAUAGUCCCACUACACGAGAUUGCUUGUGUCACCUGUGGAAGGA